AUGGAACGAAAUGGUCAGAAACCUGUUGCCUUAAUUGAUUUCCCAUAUCGCUGUGAAGUUGAGCGCCGCGCGAUCAUCCCAAAGGAUUGCGUGCUGCUUAGCUUCUUUGUGACGUGCAAUGGAUUCUGGUGGAGUUCACAGAAUCAAGAGCCCACACUGAAGCAGUAUCCAAUUGGCUAUUUCCGCACCUACACCUACCACCCCUUCACGCUGUCGGCUGCUCCCUUUAGCCCCAACUACAUUGCGCCACAGAGAUUGUCGCCAACUGCUGGCUACUACCAGGCUAAGCAAUUCUCAACUGCUGCCCCACAGGCACCUGUUCUUCCACCCCAAACCUCCCCACAGCCCGUGAAUGACUACUCACCACCCCCACAGCCAACAAACCCACCACCACCGCCGCCUCAGCCCCAACCGCAGCCCCUACUCUCCCGUCCAAAUUCCUACAACAACCAGGAUGGCUUCUCUUACCAGUACGUCCCACCGGCGGCGCCGUACAACGUCCAACAAGUGCAGUUUGUGCCGUGCAUGUGCCCCGUCACCGUGAGCGUGGGAACGGAUCUACCUGCGGAGAAGAGGUCGGACGAUAUCAAUGCCACGGACCCACCGUCCGAGCAGCCGCCCGCAGAUUCCAAACUCAAUCGCUGA